AUGCGGGCGCCACUCUGCCUGUUGCUGCUCGUCGCCCACGCCGUGGACAUGCUCCCCUUGAACCGAAGGAAGAAGCAAGUGGGCACUGGUCCGGGGGGCAACUGCACAGGCUGUGUCAUCUGCUCAGAGGAGAAUGGCUGCUCCACCUGCCAGCAGAGGCUCUUCCUGUUCAUCCGCCGGGAAGGUAUCCGUCAGUACGGCAAGUGUGUGCACGACUGUCCCCCCGGCUACUACGGCAUCCGCGGCCAGGAGGUCAACAGGUGCAAAAAAUGUGGGGCCACCUGUGAGAGCUGCUUCAGCCAGGACUUCUGCAUCCAGUGCAAGAGGCGGUUCUACCUGUACAAGGGGAAGUGUCUGCCCACCUGCCCACCGGGCACCACAGCCCAGCAGAGCACACGGGAGUGCCAGGAGGAGUGUGAGCUGGGCCCCUGGGGCCACUGGAGCCCCUGCACCCCCAACAGGAAGACCUGCGGCUCGGCCUGGGGCCUGGACACCCGGGUGCGAGAGGCAGGCCGGGCUGGGCAGGAAGAGGCAGCCACCUGCCAGGUGCUGUCCGAGUCGCGGAAAUGUUCCAUCCAGAGGCCCUGCCCGGGAGAGAAGAGCCCCGGGGAGAAGAAGGGCCGGAGGGAGCAGCGCCCGCGCAAGGACGGGAAGCCAGACCGCAAGCUGCCCGCCAGGCCCCGGCGGCCGCAGCCCUCGGACACCAGCUCCUCCAGAAACGCCCUGGAGAAGGCUCCGGGCCUCCCGAUGCCCGGACGCUUCCCCCAGCUGGCAGGAGAGGAGCCACCAUGGGGCCUCCGGCUGGACGGCCAGCCCUGUGCCCGCCUGUGGCAGCAGAGUCCGCCCUCCUGGAAGCUGCCUGCUGCCCCAUCAGUGCUCCCUCGGCACCCUCCCUCUGGUAGCUCCCUGCCCUGUUUCCAGAGCCUACGGGACUCCCAUGUCCUUCGGGGACCCAAGCGCUGCCCCAGCUAG